AUGUGUGGGGGCUUCCAGAUGGGCCUCAACAAGUACAAUCCCGCACUAUUCGGGCUCGGCCCAUCAUCGGCAUCCACCGGAUCCGGUACAGCAUCUGCUGAUGAGGCCAAAUUUGCUGAGAAGAUGGCGUUCGACAUCAAGCUCGAGAAGUUUGACGCGACGUCCAAGAUUAAGAUAAUAAAGGAGGUGAGGACGUUCAUGGAUUUGGGUCUGAAGAAGGCCAAGGAGUUGGUGGAGAAAGCGCCCAUGGUGUUGAAGAAGGGACUCACCAAAGAGGAGGCCAAUUCCAUUGUUGCCAAGUUCAAGGACUUGGGUGCUACUGUGUUUUACUGA